AUGAACAUCGAGCGGGUCAGCACGGAGGUGCAACUGAAGGCACUCGCUCGCCUGAUUCGCCUCGGCAACGCGGCGGUGGACAGCCUCUUCAACACCACCAUCGGCACCUUCCACUGCCCAAACAAAGAUCUUUUUGCUCACCACGGGCAAGCCCUAGGAAACACAUGGCUUCAGCCCGAUUCUCACCACCUCAAGGAUGGAGAUCGCAUUAAGGCACUACGGGUGCGUACUAACACCUAUCCUACUAACGCCAUGCUUCAUCAUAACAACGAGGCGGUGUGUCGUCUGGUCGCCAAGUAUCGACCAGCGGCCACCAUCUUAACAGAACAUGUCUACCAAAGCCCGACCGGUGACCGUCUCAAGCCGGACAUCAUUGUACACGAGGGCAACACCGUGACCAUAGCUGAUGUUGCGGUGUCUUGGGACGACCUCCCCGCAUCACUAACACGCAUGUGUAACUUCAAGAGCGCCAAGUACGACUGCCUGAGACCAAUGUUCCCCGAUAAGGUCGUUACGGCAGUCGGCUUGGCGUUCGGGGCCAGAAGCAUGCUCUGCACCGAGACUUCAUUUUAG